CGUGGGGCAGCGCGGUGCCCGUUGCAAGCGGGAGGGAGAGAACGGGGACGGGACGGGGUCGUCUGCCGAAGGAGGAGCCAACUGAAGUUACAGAACACUCGUCCAAGGCUGGAGUCAAGGGAAGGAAGCAAGCUGAGGAAGGAUAUGGGGAGAUGAGGCCGAGAGCGGAGGGAGUGCAGAAAUCGUGUGCUGGCGCGACGUGCAGAGACUCACAGCAUUGAAUUUCAGGGGGAGCCAGGGGUAGGGACGAGUUCAUGCGCGAGAUGAUCCAUCGAUCAAUCCGGAUUUGCAAGUUGGGGUUCGAGUGCUCCGUCCAGAUCGUCUGCUGUAAGAUUUCAGGAGAGGAGACAAAAGGAGGAGGUGGGCAGGCGAGCAGGCUGCCACACGCAAUCUUUGCUCUGUAACUCGAUUCUCGCUCGAUCGACCUGUUGGCUGGUUUUCUCGGAGCCUCGUUGUUGUUUCAGACAAGCUUGCGUUGGCCUUCCAUUUGGCACUUUGUCGACAGUUUUCCUGUAGGAAUUGAAUUGGUAAAUUGAGGAGGGUAGUGUGGGAAGGAAGCGUUUUGGACGCUCGUGAUAGUUCCCCAUUGAAUUCUGGACACAGCAGCAGGAUUCUCCACGUGAUAACGAAGGGAGAGAGGAAGGGAGGGAGGGACCUGUGCUAGCCACUUUCUAUCUACCAUCGGUACGAGACGCUGCUUGUGAACUGUCGGGGAAUUUAUGCUAGAAGUGACUCGGAGUCGAACUGCUGUCAUUCAAGCGCUGUGUUCCCCACGGUCACGCGCAUCUUGAAGCAAACAUCGCAGUCGGUUGCGAACGAUCGUCAGGGCAGGAAGUUGAGGGCAGUCUGGAGGCCAGCAGCAUGCCGUACCCGACCAAAUCGGAGGAUGAUAUCACCGAGCCGGAGCUCGAGGCCCUGAAAAAAUUCAAAGGCGUCAUUCUGGCCCGGGGUUAUCAUUGCCCGCAAAGGAGCUCCGAUGACUUUCUCGUACGAUUCUUGCGCGCCCGACAGCUGGACGUGAAAAAGGCCGCCACCAUGUAUGGAGAUUACGUUCAAUGGCGGCGCGAAAAUAACGUCGACUCUGUUCUCCAGACGUUUAAAUAUCCGGAGCUGGAUCGAGUUCUGGAAGCCUGGCCUCAAAAUUGGCACAAGACGGAUAAGAUGGGACGACCUGUCAACAUUCAGCUUGUUUCCAGAAUGAAAAUUAAAGACGUGUUUCGGGAGACGACCGAAGAAAGACUAUUGACCAGAGCUCUUUGGGUAUGGGAAGAUCUGCACGAGAACAAGCUCCCGGCGUGCUCCAGAGCAGCCGGUCGUCACAUCGGCCGUGCCACCGUCGUGCUUGACCUUAAAGAUGUGAGUGUUAUGACCUUCACGAAUGUACAUGUGAGAAAGGUGUUACCGAAGAUGGCCCGAUUGUUUUCUUCCUAUUUUCCGGAGUACUUGGGGCGCCUCAUAAUCAUUCACGCGCCGGUGGCGUUCAAGGUACUGUGGGAGAUGCUGAGCCCCUUCAUCGAUGAGCAAACGCAGAAAAAAAUCGGGAUCUACAAAGGGGACGGGCUCGAAGAUCUUCUAGCGACCAUCGACGCCGAGAGCCUGCCUGAGGUGCUGGGCGGCAAAUGCAAGUGCGAGGGAGGGUGCGAGAAUGCAUACACCGGGCCGUGGAACGAUCUGAAGUACCGAUGAGAGGCGAAGACGGCGGUGCCGCUGAACAGAAUCACGCCCCUUUCAUGAGCUGACCUCGAGGAGUCGAGCAGCUAAGGAUGGCUCUGACGAGCUCGCCAGCCAACAAUUGGCGACGUGACCAUUGAAUGAGGUCCACAUUUGAGAGUGCCGCUGGUACAAACAUCUUCCGAAAUUGGUUUUUCAACAGGUAACUCACGGCCCAAGCUUACUGAGGACCUCGAUGCUGCCUGCGUCCGACGCUUGUAAGCGCCGUAUAGUCAGAUUCCCUCUCCCUCCGUUUUCGAACGAGCUUACAUCGGAUGGAGGAGGCAGUGCCGAAGUCUUGACAUCGAACAAUAUUAGGACGGAUUCACGUUCUCGGCGAUGAUGAUAAUGAUGAUGACGACGACGACGACGACAAUUUCGAUACAUUUUAAACAAAAUGUAAGCAAUUUUGUACGGGUUUUAUUGUGUAACUCUUUAUAGUACAGUUAUUCCGUAAGGACUGAUCAGAUAGAUGGAGUUGAACCUGAGUUUCCUCACUGGGCGCGACUCGUUCGGUAGGAAGGUGACCGGUAAGCAUCUACCUGCAGUGUAGUUCUCGCCCUAGGGCACAUUCGCCAGCUUGUUACCAUCAAUGGUAGCUUUUGUAUUUCUAUUGGCCCGAAGGGUUGACAUGGAUGCCAGGAGUUUUGAGCUUUCUCCGCUUCGUCACUUGCUGUAACAUCUCCUCCUCCACCGGAUGAUGGAUUUGGCACUUCCUCACACCUUGCAAUUAUUUGUGGUGGGCGUGAGCUUUAAGCAACUGACGUGAAAUUACUCGUCU